CAAUCCUCCCAAUGGGUUUCAACGUGAAAUAUCGUUUCAGCGGAAAUUGCGAAACUGCCGAAUAUGUCAAAAGAGGAACAGUAUUUUACUAUUCAUAUCAGACAAGAAGAUCAACUUAAUUGGGAACUCGAGAACAGCCUGAUAAUAAGUGUACGAUAAGAUGCAAAACCAAAAYGUCAAACUUGCAGCUCAACUAGUAACAAAGCGAUUACAUCAAGAAAAGGGUAACUCAGUAACCGACCAAGCAGGAGUUCAGCAUGGACAGACGUCAUCACAACACGCUGGGCAGCUUAAUGAACAACGACUUCAUGGGCAAACACAUGAACAGGCACAAACACAUCACCCUGGACAAAACAAUGCGCAGGGAGUAACUAURYCACAGCAACCACAAGGGACUCAAUACACGCAGGAUCUGGACRAACCAGGGGUCACCAAGGGUCAUCCGUAUGCACAGCAUCAUGGCAAAGCACAUGAAGCACCUGAUCAACCCUAUUUACAACAAUCAGGAUACACAAUUCCCUCGGAACCAGUUUCACCCAGAAGUCCUUCGGAUGACUUUGGCGACGUCUACAGGACUGGAAACUUUGGGAUACACUUUGGCAAGGUCAAUUUUCCUCGAGGUAAGCGGUGGCUUCUUGCUCACGGAAUACUUUCUUUUUUCAUGUUCGUCUUUACAUUGGCUGCCACCAUYAUGAUGAGAGAUUAUACAAACACAGUCUUCAAAGACAUGCUAUUAGCAUUCACCUGGAUGGCCGCCCUGCAAGACUGGAUGCUCUUKGCAAGCGCUGCCUUCUUGCUUUACAAACUUUCAACGUUGAAAAACCCUCUUACAACACUCAUGGUGGUGAGAACAUGUUCAGCACUUACUUUUGCGCUUAAUCUGUUCUUCUUCUUAGUUGGUCUUCUUGGUCUGCUCAUAAAUGAAGCUGACUUUCUUCGACUKACAUCAAAAGAAGUUGGAUUCCUUAAGUUUAUGUUUGUGAUGAUARCCAUUCUCAUGGCUGCAAAGAUAGUAACUGGAUAUUCCUUUGUGUUCAUGUGGUGGAAGAACCGCGAAUGYUGUCGUUGUCUUGCUGGAUAUUGUGUAUUUGAGGAAGGAGCUGAGCUUGCUCCAGGUGUUGCCAAUUCAACGGGAACACAAAAUAUCAUCGCCUUUGGACAAGGAGCUGCAGCAUUUGGUGAAGCAAUGAACAGGUCUUAGGAACGAUAAGAAUCUCAAUGCAUGGAAUUAAUUAACAAUAGGCCAUUUGCAACUGGGAGUCACGUGACCACACCUACCUUAAAUUUGAAUUUUGAAAUAUUUAGUGUUGAGACUUCAAACUACAGUAUGUCUUCUAAUUACUUAUUUUGAUCCCCUCUUUCCAUUUCUGAACAUCAUUUUAUCAUUGCUUAUUGAAUUAAGGUAGGUGUGGUCACAUGACUCCCAGCUGCAAAUGGCCUAUUAGACGGCKAGGUCAAAUGGACUACUUAAAAGGUAGAGAAGUUGAACCGAGUGCUUUAUGCUGUGACAGUUUCCCGAGAAAAAAAGUUGCCCGAGAACGCAGUUCGAUAUGGACUAUGAAGUUYUGAUGGACAUCCAUGCUUCAAAAGCAACUWCAUGUAACACAGCAUAAUGCCARAGAUUUAAACGACUCAAUUGUUUUUAUUAUUCAACAAGAAAAUUUCUGACACAGCUGGUUUUAUGUAAUAYAUAAACUAUGAGCAGGAGACCUUGYAGCUUGCAGUUUUAUAUGCCCAUAAAGGUCGGAAGCAAAUAUUUUAUAUUGCUUAUCAAAUUCCAACAUUGCAUGUAAUAAACUUGUCGUUAUGUUAACAUUAUGACCUUUUCCAAAUGAUAUUCAUGAACCAUUGAAUUUGAAAUGACUGCAGCUCUCUUCCUCAAUAACUAUAGUUAGCUACUUCUGGUGACGCAAGCAAAUUGCUGUUAUGAACUUUGAUGAUGUCAGACCUGAUUGUGCUCAGUUUAACAGUUGGUGAAAUUUCAGAUAUUAGAAUUAUCUUGUAYUACUGAAUAUCAAGCCAUUUUGUUUAAAAUAAAAUACCUGGUAUCUAUU